AGGAUUGGCAAAUGGCAAUCACGUUGGGCCUUUUGCAGUUCAUGUUCGACUGUUCUGUUUUCUGUUUUUACCAAAAAGUCCACCCCCACACCGCGAGUAUUCUCCCACUCCCAGAAACAAAUUCAAUCCCAUUAGCGCUCCUGUUUUGCUCAAAUGACAAAAAAGAGUAUGGCUUUGAGCUUUGAUGAAUCCAAAUUGGUGCACACGUUGCUAUCAUCGGAGCAACUUCCAAUUGAUGAAAUCAUGAUUCAAUUCAGCUCCAAAUUUGCCCGCCCUCGCUACUUUCCUCUCUGUAAUUCUCUCUUAUUACUUUUAGAGGAUAAAAAGAUGCUCAAGUCUACCGAACGUCUCAUUGCAUUGUCUAUUCUUCACCAUACUUAUUCCUCCCAACCAUCAUCUUCAAACCCAUUUAUUUCAUAUGUUGUAAAUGCAGCAUGUGAUGAUGAUGCUGAGAAGUGGGAGAGGGCUUUUGUUCUCCAGUUGUUAGGAUCUGGAGGCUCCGGUGGGGGCAAAGAGUUUCUUAAAAUUUCUGCUGCAAAUUAUAUCAAGAACUUCGAUCCUUCAGCUCAUGUUUUCCCACAACGUGACCAGUUGCAGCAACAAUAUUGUGAUAAAGUCCAUUCAGAACCAUAUAAUUGCUUAUUUAAGAAUGCUGCAGUUAAGAAUAUAGUGGCAGACCCUGAUGUACCCCAUAGUUGUAAUGCAAAUUCACAAGAGUUUGAUAUGCAAACUGGAGCCAAACCUAAACUUGGAUCUGGAGAUAGAGAUGAGACUCUCACUGGAUUGUUGGUGCACUUGUCAAUGGAGGGAAUAGGUCCUCAAUGGAUUAGGCCUCACCCACCGAUGUUGCCAAUACAGAAUGGCGAGCUUGUGUGGCUCAAUCCCGACAACAAUCAUGAACUCUUGUGGGAUCAUGGUAUGUGUGCGGAUACUAGCAGGGGUGCAGCCGUUAGGGACUUGAUCACUAAAGCCUUGAAGGGACCAUUGGCUCCUGCUCAACAAGAGCAAUUCCUGGUGGAAUUGACAAAUGAUCCAAAGCUAGUAUAUCACUGUGGACUGACACCGAGGAAGUUACCGGAAUUGGUGGAGAAUAAUCCCUUAAUUGCAGUUGAAGUUCUUACUAAGUUGAUAAACUCUCCUGAAAUUGCCGACUACUUUACAGUACUCGUCAAUAUGGACAUGAGUCUUCAUUCCAUGGAGGUGGUUAACAGGCUAACAACAGCAGUUGAACUUCCGAAGGAAUUUGUACGCAUGUACAUAACAAAUUGUAUAUCAUCCUGUGAAAACAUCAAGGAUAAAUACAUGCAGAACAGGCUUGUCAGACUUGUUUGUGUUUUCCUGCAGAGCCUGAUCCGCAAUAGAAUUAUUGAUGUGAAGGAUCUGUUCAUUGAAGUGCAAGCGUUUUGCAUAGAGUUUUCAAGAAUUAGGGAAGCAGCUGGUUUGUUUAGGCUUCUUAAAACCUUGGAGUGAAUGGUCCACUUAUUCUUCUUUGAGCAUCUUAAGAAGUUUCUUUUUUGUUUCCUCCAUUUGCAGUUGAGUAUUAUUUUACUUUGUAGAGAAAAACAUUAUGCAAACGCAUUAUACCCUUUUUCUUUUCUUGACUUUGCAGCUGAGCCUGUAUUUUUUUCUUUUUUCUUUUUUGCUUUGUAUGGUACACACGUCACAAUGAUAUUCUUCUGUUCUCUUCA